AUGGAGAACCCACUUCUUUUAUUCCCCCAGCUAAACAUUUCUGCUUCGAAGGAUAAAUCCUAUUACAAAGUCACGAAGUCAGCAGUUAAGGAAGAGCCAAAUAAAGCAAGCAAGGCUGGAGCAAAGCAGAAGAGAAAUAGGCUGAGCCUUCUCCUGCAGAGGUCUGAAUACCACGAAGGUGAACAUCUUGGUAAACCUGGAAACUUGACAAAAGCAUCAAGUGUGUCUCCCGAAGAAGCAGUGAAAUGGGGUGAAUCUUUUGACAAAUUGCUUUCCCAGAAAGCUGGACUGGAUGCCUUUACAAACUUUCUGAAAACUGAGUUCAGCGAGGAGAACAUCGAGUUCUGGAUAGCUUGCGAGGAUUACAAGAAAAGCAAAACUACACAUGAACUUUUCCCAAAAGCUAAGACCAUCUAUGAAACAUUCAUACAAAAAGAUGCUCCAAAAGAGGUGAAUUUGGACUUCCAAACCAAAGAAGUUACAAGUCAGAAUAUUGAACAGCCCGUCAUCACCACCUUUGAUGCAGCACAAAACAUAGUCUACAGGCUGAUGGAGCAAGACAGCUAUCCGCGUUUCCUAAGAUCUGAUCCUUAUUUAAAUUUGGUUAAGGGAAGAAAUCCCAGUCGUCCCACUCUUAGGAGGAGGUCACGAUCUUUUACGGUCAAUGAUUUCCAGGGUGUGCGGCCAGACUUUACUGUUUGGUAA